AUCCGACAAUAUCCAUCUACAAACUCCAAUCCCGCCAUGAACUCCACCGUUUUUCUCCUCUCGUCGCCGUUGCCGCCGGCCACAAUCCACCGGCUACGACCUCCUUCCAUUUCCGCCGCAAGUUCUCUUCCACACCUCCUUAGUUUUCCCUACCGAAAAUCUACUCCCUCUGCAUCCCCCCUCUUCGUCCCUAGAAGAAACCCUUUCCGCGUCUUCUCCGAUGACGGCGACGGAGAUAGCGGCGGCCCCGAUGACUACGAUAUGUACGACGACGAAAUGGAAGAAGUCGACAACAAGAAAGAUUUCGACAUCGAGUACGAUACUCUAGCCGCGGCGGCUGCGGCUGCGGCUGCGGGUUCUGAAGGCGUCGGCGACGAGAAUAUCUCGAUUGUGCAGAGCAAAAGCUUCGUAUCGACGCAGGGAUGGGAUUCGGAGAUGAUCGUGGAUUAUAGGAUAAAUGAAGAGGAGUUUCAUAAGAUUAGUUUGUUGCACUGUGAUUUCUUCAUUAGGAAGCCGCCGGAUCCUGACAAUGAUGUUUAUGAUUUCAGAGAGAUGUAUGUUACUCCUCCUGACACUGAUGUUUAUGCUAUCCCCAAAGUUCUUGCUCCAAUGCCUCAGAAGUAUAUUAGAUGUGCUCAGAGUGAUUACGGAUGCUACAAUGUCACAGAACCACCCAUUGAUGCACCUAGAGAUCCAUUAUACAAGUCUGAGAAGGAGGUUCUUAAGGUAUUCUUGACGAAGCACUUCAGAAACCGAAGGCUGGGUGACCCGGAAUUCGUCCUAGACUUCGAGGAAAUAUAUGUGAUCGAUUCAAAAACUAAGUCAAUCACCAGGGCUAAAGUCUUGGUCACAGUUCCAGGCGGACGAGCUAGGGACAGGAGAAGCGACUUACUUGUCGUUCGGGAUAAUGGGAACUCUUUCAAGAUUAUCCAUUCGAGCGAACGAGAUGAUCCGACCACGGUGAUAGAGAAGGAAGAGUGGACGAAAACUAGACAAGAUAUGGAGAGACAUCUUAGAAAGCUAAGGGACUUCAGCAUUUCAAAUUGGUUUUAAACAACCAUGCAAAAGUUAUUGUUUUGAAGUUUAAAGGUUGACAUGAACGAGACAUCCAGAUUACCUGUCAUGACGUUUCUCUCGUGCGAGUUCUCGACAGAUCUCCUGCUCCAUGCCCUCGUGAUAGGUAAUGUUUUCGGUUACGGCUAGUUACUUACACUUGCAAUGAUUGAUCUUUCGGGUUCGUUCUACUCGCUUUCGUUCUUCGUCAUCGUUAAUCUAGGAAAGCUAGCUUUUUAUAGAUUUGUAAUGCUUAGAAAAGAAAAAAUGGUUGCAUCUUUGGGCUGUUUGCUGCAGUUGUCGGUUCUAUUUUGAUUAACCAUUGUAAGAAAAUUUUGAAUUCUUGUGUUAUAUGAGGUUAGAACUGCUGUGAACUGAUGCAAUUUGAAGCAAAGAAACAUUCAUAACUGUCCAA